UGCUCUAAGUGCGACAAGUAUGUUGCAACAGUCGUGCACCGAUCCUGUAACUAUUUCAGGUCAGCAUUUAAGAAAGGAGCAUGAAGCAUCUAAUCUAAUAAGAAACAUAUGUGAAUCAUCAGCUAUACCAAGAAUCUUUCAUCAUCAGAUCAUGCACAGAUCGACAUCUUCAUCAAGUCUUCUGCUCUCAUAUAAUACACAGAUUGUUUAGUCUAUGAGACAAACAUAGACAUGGUACUAUCCUUAACAGAUGCUAAGAAUCUUAAAUCUCUAACAUAAUCACCGAACCUAUUAAUUAUAAUUUGUUCAACCGCUAAGCAGCCGUUCUAUGGCCUAAUCCUAAAUUAUUGAAUCCGCGAACGUGUUAUUAUGCUUCUAAAAAAUAUAACACAUUUGGUUGUAUGUGUAUUAUACUAGACACAAUGUUGCAACAGCUCCUCACCUCACACACACACACACAAACACUAAUCUACGAAUUCUGCAACCCAAGUAGUAUAUGUUAUCCUUCACAGCCUGUCAAUCAUGAAUUGUUUAAUGUUAAUACAGAUUAAAGAAAACAUUAAGUUGAGGAGUUUGCUGUUUAUGCAAGAAAAGUAGGAAGCAGGGGAUAGAAGAGAAUUAUUAUUAUUUAUUAGCUAGCUGAUGCCUGUAAUAGGCUGGUUAGCUUAAAGAUUAAUGCUGCUCUGAAGAUCUCCUAAUUGUACUUAGCAAGGACAAUUUUUAGAGAGAUCUAUCGUUCGCUGUACUUAAAAUCUAGAUUCAGCUCCUGUUCCUUCGAGUUGUUAUAAGAAUAUAAUUAGCAGUUGCAUGAAGCUAAAGGUUUUCAAUGAACACCGCUGCAGAUUAUUCUUGUCAGCCAACUCUGCAUUCCAGGAAUGGGAACAAAGCUCCAAUUUGCGCGUGAUCUGUUAGCUACCUUUCCUAAUACAAGUGUUUCUGUUCUUCAGUUGGAUAAUUGGGAGUCUUUAAAUAAUAUCUAGUGAUAGAGAAACUUUACAGGCGCAGAUCUUAGGGUUCGGUAGAAUGCUUGAAAAAGUCCAGACAGAGUUCAUUAAGAAAACAAUGGUAGAUCAAGAAAAUAUAUUUCAGCACCAGGUGAGAGAACUUCAUAGAUUGUAUAGUGUUGAGAAAAGGCUGAUAAAGGAGCUGAAAACUGAAAUCAAGCAAAUUUCUUUGGGGGGAUCAAGAGCAGGCAUCCACAUUAAAGAUCCAGAAUCUUUAUAUUCACUAGCAGAAAGUGCCAGAGAAAUAGACCAAAGCUUAGGAGAACACAGUGCAAGCUGCUCUACCGAGAUCCUAAAAAUGCCAAAGGGAUUUGAUCUACAAAGGAGAGCUGAGCAGGAAGAUGAAAUGUCAACUGGAGUUAGCGCCACUGACGAGGUACGGAAGAAACCUAGUACUGACGCACCCUGGAAGUCUGGAGGCGACGAAGUUGAUGCAAAGUUUAGGGACAUAGAGCUGACCCUCAGCAUUGGAGGUAGCAUUGGCAGAAAAAGAUUAGAAAGCCACAAGAGCCUGAAAUUAGAUAAGCCAAGGGAAGUCCAAUCCUCUUCUAUUAUUAAAGGAGAGGAGUUGAGUGACUCGAGCAAUACUCCCAGGUCUAGUUCCAGCAAAAACAAUGAAAAAGGCAAGCAGAUUCCCUGGUUUUUUCAAGAUUUGAGCCUGAGCAGAACAUAGUCAUUUUUACAUGUUGCAUGUCUGCAUCAUUCCACAUAUCUUCUUACAUAUGUACAUUGAUAGUGUUUAUUAAUUCCGCUACUUCAUCACAAUGUGUGUGUAAAUUUUAAACCAUAUCAAUCAUACUCAACGUUAUUUAUUCUA